CAUGCAGCAUUACCACAAAGGUCUCAGACUCUUCACGGUGAUGGCAGUGAACAUUGUCAGGUGGAUUUUCUCUUUAGCCUUGUGCUUCAUGUGUGUAUCUUCACAUGAUGAGACCUAUGACAUGGACUAUGACAUGGACUAUGACAUGGCCUAUGACAUGGCCUGUGAAGACGAGGAGUUCUGUGACACUCAGACACUCUUUGCUCUGCUUGGUUCGUCUGUGCUUCUCCCAUGUCCCAUGACCAAGAGCCUCAGCGUUUCCUGGGUCCGUACCCCUGACUUGGAGCUGGUCAAGCUCUCUUCGAGGGGACGGAUAAACUUCCUGGACCCUAAACGUGGGCGUCUGAAGGCCUUUCCACUUCUGGCCACACAAAAAAACUUCACCAUCCGCAUUGAUGAGCUUGAGAAAUCGGAUCUCGGGUGUUAUCGCUGCAGAACCAGCGACGCUUGUCUGCAAGUGGAGCUGGCUGAAGCGACAGGGAACAAAGACAUGUGGCUGCUAAUUUACAUCUGUGCUGGGGUGGCGGCGUUCAUCUUGCUGAGUCUCUGCAUCUACUUGAUCAUUAGUCAAAGAAAAAGGGCCAGAGAAAACCAGCCUGCAGGUGCCAGUAUUGAAGUUGCAGGUCCCAGUGCUCCAGCUCAGGAUCCAAACAUUGCACCCGUCCAAGAGCAAGGAUUGGACAACAGCGUUUAUGAGAACGAUGACUUCGACCCGGCCAACUACCUGGGCCACCCCGCCAGGAGCACGCCUAGCGCACCCGAAGUCUCAGCUGGCGUGAACCAAGCGGAAGAUGCUCCGAGCGCCAGUGAGAUUUAUCCAAACCUGAACCCGUUCAACUUUGAAAGGGCGGAAAGCCAGAAAACAAAACACAGGUUUCAUACAGAACUCAUGAGCAGAUUACGACAAGCAAGUUUACGUCGACAUUAUUAUGUCAACCAGCAUGAGCUAAACAAGCAAAAAGCCAAACCCACAGAGGGGGAGACACAUCACAGAGAGCUUUGUUCUGCAGGUGCUGAGAAGAAGAAGAAGAAAGCCAAAGACAAUUGUGAAUAUAAAAACCCGAUUUACAACAGCAGCACAGAGCAGCUGAACCAACCGUAGAGAAUGAAGGCAGGUGUAUGAGCCGUUGCUGAAAGCAGUUGUUGAAAAUGAUGAUGGUGCAUUGUUGACCUUAGGAAAUCAGAUGUUUAGAAAGAUUCAACAAUCCAAUUCAACAAUUCAAUUGACAAUUUAACGUCUGUGCGACUGUUCAUAAACUAUCAAGGUUCGGGUUAUGUACUGUUAUGUUCAGGUUAGUAUUUCAUAUACAUACAGUAUGUAAAAUGUGUGGGAUCAUUGUGCUCACAAAAUAAAAGGUUUGACUCUGCCUUUAGUUUUCAAAACCUUCAACCCACAGAAAGUUGUGGGUCACAUGUUUGUCUUCUAACUGUAAAAGGAAACCAACAUCCUACAAGCAAGCUGCUACCGUGAACACACCCGUCUGUGGCCUGACAGCACUGAUACAACACUGCUGCCGAUCAUGGUCUGUCGCUUUCAUCUUAGUGUUGAUAAUGGAAGUCUGCAUUUGUGCUGCCAUUUGUUGUUUCUGCAUUUACACCCAGAUGAACAUGGCAGAUAUUACUAAGCUGAUGAAAUAGCAAAUCAAUGCAAUUACUUCCUUGGAGAAGGUGACUCCUUAAUUAUCUUAACAGUUUUUCUUAAUGAAUGUAUUGUGAGAAGAAGGCUGCAAAACAAGUCUUGAGCUUGUGUCCGUUUACUGGAAAAUGAUGCAGAUGACAGGAUGCUACAAAUGUACAGUUGUUCUCAUCUAUAUUUAUCAUUUUGCGAUUUCAGUAAGAUUAAAAUGCAACCACUGA